AUGCAUAAUAUAUCGAUUGUGUGCUAUAAAAGAGAAACCUCAAAAGAAGACAUGGGAAAUUGCUGCGGAAUGAGCAUGUCUAUAAAGUGGAAAAUGGAGAUGAGCUCCUACAUUAUGCCCGGCCUGGCAAUAACAAAAAACAGGUUCCCGGCUCUUCUCUUGUUUAUUGUUUUCCUUACGCUCGCAGCAAACCAUAUAGGCAGCGUCACAAAGAACAAGUACGUCAUAGACGCAGUGCACUUUGGGUGCUCGUGGAUUCUUAUGAUGUCCACAAUGACAGGGAACGGAUUCGUGCUGCUUACAGCACUUGUGUCCACUCUGGCCAGCCGGAUUAUUCUGCAAAGACAGAAGAAAGAGCGCACGUUUUCCUGCUGCUAA